UGAAACCUAGGUUUGCAUUUUCUACCACCACUUCCGUUGCUGACAUUGUUGCCCUAUCGCACCGCUACAACAUCGUUGCCACACCGUGCCGCGUCACGUCUCACUUCUGCCAUCGCUGCCCUACUGCACACCGUGUUGCACCGUGUCGCACCACGUCGCACUGUUGCCACCGCUGCCCUACCACCGCUGCCACUCACGAAGUUAGAGCUCUGAGAGCAGGCAUGUGGCAGCUGGCGCUAUGCAUGUCCGAUCUCAAGAUGGUUGUGGUCUGCCCUUGA